GUGGACUUCACCCACGCAUCGGCCUCUGCCCGUUCCCGCCUGGACUGCUUGUACUCCAAUUUCCAUGCGUGCGAGCAGCUUGACCGGCGGCUCCAGGUGGCGGCCUUAGAGUGGCGACACGGCCUAUCCCACCACCGCGCUGUCUUGGCUUCGCUGCGCUCCGCCUGCCGCUCAGAAGAAGGGGACCGACCACUUACCAACCGGGCCCUCAUGCACAAGGAUUUCCCGAGGCGCCUGAUGUUGGAGUUCCACGCCCAGCACCAGACCCAUGUCGAGACGAAUCCGUUGGCCAAAGACCGCCUAUACAAAGAGUGCAUGCGGUCAGUCGCCAACAGGCUCGAAAAUGACAAUGAGUCUCCACCGCCCGCCGUCGACCUGGAGGACAAGCUCGGCGUCGCGUUGCGCCUCAUUCGGGCCAUUGAGGGCGCGCGGCCGCACGCUGUUUCUUCUUGCUUGAUACGCUCACCGGAGCUCAAGGACUUAGUCAAUAACCCUUACGACUUCCACGGCAACCUCACGAGAUCUCUGGCGCGGCUCCGGGAUUACGCCGUUGGUCUGGCCCGUGACCACGCCUUUGACGAACUUCGCCGCUCGCGCGACGACCUCAAUGACCCAGACGGCCAGGUCGCCCACCGCACCAGGCAGAAGAACAACAGGCUGAUCUUCAGGCUGUCUCCAGGGCGUACCAACACCAUUGGAGCCGUCCGCGAGCCCUCGGGCGAGGCCACGACUUGCCCUGAAAGGAUGGCCACUACGCUGUCCGCUCACUGGGCAAAGGUCUUCCAGGCCAGGGGCAUCAACAGUGACCUGCUCGCGGAGUGGUUGUGGGAGGAUGGCGCUGCGCGGCAGGCCGCGGACUCGACCCCCAUCGACGCGAACAGGCUGAAGCUCAAGCGCAAGCACAUCCUCCGGGCGCUGCGGGGGCGAUGCCUAAAGUUUUCCGCUUCGCUCCUGCACGAGGCGGCAGAGUUCGUCUUCCAGUCCGAGGUCCAGGACCUACCGCGCGAGGACAUCGAGAUGCUGAAUGGGAGCCUUCUCUUCCUGCUCCCGAGGAAGCAGUCCGGGGUGGCCGGUGAGGGGGCAGCCAUAUACGAACCAGCAGCGAACACACGACCGUUGAACGUGGCCAACACAGAUAACCGGCUGCUGCGCAACGCGAUUCGGAUUGCCAUCGAGCCG